GCUGUGCAUAUGGCUCGUUCUCUCUCAAUUCUAUCCUUGCUAGCGCUAUGGCUCUUAGCGUCGACUUCGUUGUCUCGUCCCAAUACCGAAGAAACCGGAGGACAUGUCUUACAUCUGCCUAUCCGUCGGCAAUGCCCAACGCUCUAAGAAAAGGAGUGGACAAGCCUCUCGUGUCGGCCUCGGAGACGUUUUGGAUAUGUGAGUACUCAUGUGUAUGCGCAGGGUAGCGUCCAUAACACCCACUAGCACUUACAAUGUCUUGGUGCAAGUCGGGGAAACCUUCGUGCCUCUCUUGCUUGAUACCGGCUCCGCUGACCUUUGGGUUGUCACGGACCAGUGUGGCGACAGCUGCGUACAAGCCAAUGUUCCGCUCUAUCCGCACGCCGACCUCACUCCGGCUGGUCAAGACGUACAAUUGCUCUAUGGUGACUCGCGUACCGGGACUCAUGCCACUGGGCCCAUAGGUACAGCUACUGUCGGCGUAGCUGGAAUGUCUAUACCAGAUCAAUACUUUGCUGCUAUCGUCGACACAAACACUACCGUACUGCAAACUGGGUCUUCUGGAAUACUUGGUCUGGGGUUCCCUCCUAUCAGUGUCAUAUGGCGCCAGCUUCUCUCGUCCAACACGACUAGGGUCAUCCCUCCUAUAUACAAGCGCUGGGUAGCCGUUCCUGAAGACAGCCCCGCUCGCCAGGACCACAGCUCAUCGUCCGCGGACUCGACAGGGCGCGCUGAUCACACCUCUGGUAGUCAAAAAAGUCGAGUUACAACACAGCAAUCCUUUGCAUCUCCUGCAGAUUCGUUCUCUACCCUCGGCUCUUUUUUCACUCGGCUCGUGACUUGGGAAAUUCUCUCCCGUCCCCUCGUGGUGACUAGUCUACAGCGCGACACGUUCUCCCUUAGCGAAACCACUGGCACACUCUCUCUGGGCGGUCUUCCUUUCGGCUUGACAGAUGAGGAUCUGACUUGGGUGCCGGUCCGCAGCUAUUCGCCGAGUCAAGGAGGUCUACCUCCACCUCCAGACGCGCCUAACGAGGUCUAUCCACUGGUAUGGGAGAUCCCUGUGGAUGACGUGUACUUGGACGGCACGAAGCUACCUCGUUCGAUGUUAUCUCCAGCCUCGAUCUCGCUUUCGGCCUUAAUUGACACAGGCAACUCGUUGAUCCGCGGUCCGCAAGACGUUGUUGAACAAAUCAUCUCCAUCCUUGGCAACACGUUCGACUGUUCGAUACCGCAUACUCUGUCGUUCGAGAUUGGGGGCAUCCGCUUCCCUGUCGACCCGCGCGACUUUGCACAUCCAAGGAAAUCUCACCAUAAUAGUGGUUAUCCAGCUUUACACGCGCGAUGUAGGCCAGCUCUGGUGUCAACCGACCCUCCUAGCAGCGAUGGUUUCUCGUACAGCUGGAGCCUCGGUGACCCGUUCCUGAAGUCAACGCUGGUCGCGUUCUACUAUGGGAACAUGACGCGUCCUUCUGUCGAUCCCCCACGUGUCGGACUGAGGUCUACAGUGCCCUCAAACGCUGGUGCUGAGCUCGAAGAAGCCGUCUCCGCCGCACUAUUUCGCGGUGGAAUCUUCCCCGCAACAUCUCAAGCCGCGCCGGACGCUACACCCCUCCAAAUGCAGAGCAUGUCGCCAUCGGCGGAUAUGGUCCCGGAAGAGACUCAAAGUAUGCCGUACGAUGUGAAUGCAUGGAGUUUUUCCCAGGAUAACAGCGCAUACAAACAGCUCCCGCCCGACGAAAUUCAAGAAUGGUGCCUGUCCAGAACCGCCGAGUAUCAGACCCAUAUAUUCUUCAUCCGUAAACAUCUCGCUCCGGCUGCUUACGAUGCGGUCUGCGAAAUCAAGAGCAAGAUACGCGGGCUUCGCCACGAGUACAACAGUGCCGCGCCGAUACACCGAUACCUUCCUCCCGAGCUACUCAUGGAGAUCUUCGCAUACAUCCACCCUGCCAUGACGCACCGCCGUAGCUUGCGCGUCUUACGUGUCUGUAGGUAUUGGCGUAACCUGAUCGUCAAGACACCUCAGUUCUGGGCUAAUCUCUUGAGCUUUCCGCUCACUGCAUCUUCAUGGUCUCCCCUGUGGCACAUGGAUCGUUUCAACGUGGAGCUUGCGCGAUCGGCACCUCAGAGCCUUACUCUCUCCCUCGAUCACUGCAACGCUCUGACAGUCAGUACUUUGACAAUAUAUGCUGAUCGUAUCUCCUCUCUGGCGUUGGCGUUCCAUGUAUUGGAACUUGAGAACGUCACACGACUCCUGCAGCGGCAUAUGCCCCGUCUGAGACACCUUUCUAUCCGCAAAUGUUACCAGAUCGGCAACAGACCUACCUUGACCUUGACUUUUCCCCAUUACCCCAGUCUUCACAGCCUCCAGCUCGAGCGUUCGCAUUUCUAUCCUCCGCUCGCCCCGCAUACGUCGCUGCGCCACCUAAAACUCAAGUUUGCGACGGUCCAUUCUUUGCCCACCACAUCCAACUUUGUCUCCUCUAUGCGCUCUAUCCACGAUGCUCUGGCGAACUUCCCAAACCUGGAGACCCUCUGCACCGCCUUCAGCUUAUCGGAGUAUGGCGGUCGAGGCUUCUUUAAUGAACCGGCACCAGAGUUGACGAGGAUUGUUCGCCUCCCACUGCUCCGCCACCUCGAGAUACAGGACAUGUCUGCCCAUAUCAACAUGUUUCUACGCCACCUGGACUUUCCUUCGACGACUUCGCUUGUGCUCGAGCCCGCCUACAAGUUCACUCGAGGGCCGAUGAUGGUCCCAGUCCCUCCCGGCAUCAACAACGCAUCUCAUGCACAACGUGCCGAGAUGAGCCUCUCCCUUUGCGUCUGGCCGUUCGACGGGUCCGCUCGCUGGGAAACACAUGGCGACGGCGUUCGCCCCGUGUCCGUCACGCUUUCUAUGGCAGCACGUCGCCUCGACAUCGUCUCCACCUUUACGAGCGAGCUCGUGAACGCGCUGGCGCCAGCCGGCGGGCUCACUUCGUUGACCGCUGAGGGCACAUGGGGUCAUGCAAAGGAGUACUGGACGACUCUUAUACCCCGCCUACCGCGGCUCCGGCAUCUUACCUGUGUCGCAAGCACGACUACGAGGGACGUGGUGCCUCUCCUAGGGAAGCCUCAGACAAAUGGCGAGUUCCUUUGCCCGAACCUGACGCACCUGACAGUCGCAUGGACGCUCCCUUACGACGUCAGUGUGGGGUCGGGAUUGGCCACUCAGCUCAUGCCGUCAGACGCUGCAGUGGUCGAAAGCAGGGAAGGCGGUGUUGAUGACGAUCGUGGAAUGACGGCUUCGCAGGACUCGCUUUGUGGCAUGCUCCGAACCUGUCUCACCGAGAGGGCGGGUCACUGCGGUCCGAUUCAGAAGCUUUCUGUCGCCUUCGGGGGGUCCUGUGGCAUUUAUGAAGCCGUGCUGCAGCCACGGGAGCUUCAUUCGUUUGAACAGCGACUGCGCGACACUCUGGGGAUGUUCCUCCCUGAGAUCGCUGUAAUGAACGAGGAGCUGGCGCUCACGGUCUUCUGGAUCGGUCUUGAACAGAGCGCGACGGAGCUUUCCUCUUCUUACCUUCAGAACAUCGUCUCUAUCACGAUCUCCAUCGAGUUCUCCGAUGUCACUCUUCUUAAUCAGCUGCUCACCGACGAAAGGCUCUCAUGA